ACUAUCAAAUCUAGUGUUUUCCUUCGAAAAGUUGAACUGUAGCCAAGUUAUCGUUGUUUUACGUAGUUCUACUCCAACGUCAAGGACGAACUCGUUAAAUUUCAAAACACGAAUAAAGGAAUGAGAAGUGGUAGUCUCGAUUGCGUGAGGUCAUAUCAACUGGAAUAGAGAGGCAUUGAUGUACCUGCAGAGAAACUUAUCCCUUGCUUUUAGUCGUUUGGGAGGAUGCAUUGGUCGACAUCCUCUAUGGUUCAUUUUCAUUCCUCUUAUUAUAACCGCACUAUCAUCAAUAGGAUUUGUAAGAAUUUCUAUGACAAGCGAUUUGCAAUAUCUUUUGACACCCAUAAAUGGAAGAUCUAAAAUUGAAAAAGAAGCUAUCCAAUCAAUCUUUCCCGAAUCUAAAGAUUUCCCAAGAUUAACCGAUUUUCCCAGAUGCGGCUUUGUAAUUUUAGUCGCUAAAGAUGGUGGAUCCAUGUUGCGCGAAUCCAUUAUGGAUGAUGUGUUUGCGCUGGAUCAAAUGAUAAGGAAUAUCAGUUUACGGCACGAUAAUCGUACUAUAAAGUAUUCUGAUAUUUGUUUAAAGACAGAAGGUGGGAGAUGUUUUAGUAAUAAUGUUUUAUCACUUCGAGGAAACAUUGGGAAUAUGGCAAGAGGAACGUUUAAAGUCAAGUAUCCCAUAUACGUAGAUCCUCUGACCUCCUAUCUAACAAUUUACGCAUAUAACUUAGGUGGAGUAACUACGGACGAUGAUGGAUACGUAAAAGAAGUUAAAGCUAUAAGAUUACUUUAUACUUUAGAAAGCAACAAUGUGACAAAUUUCGACGUAGCAAUAAAAUGGGAAGAUACUUUCUUACAAGAAAUGGCAAAAACGGAUUUUAAAAACAUUUUAGUUUUUCGAUUUGUAAGAAAAUCGUGGGACGAAGAAACUAGUAAAAUUACAGAAUCUGCUUUACCUGUACUUGUAGUAGCUAUUAUAGUUAUGGUAGUUUUCGGUGCUGUAUCAUGCAUGACAACAGAUUGGAUUACAAGCAAACCACUAGUUGGAGUCUGCGGUGCAUUAUCCCCUGGUAUUGGUGUAAUUGCCGCAUUUGGGUUUUUACAAAUUGUAGGAUCCGAAUAUGUAGACCUGAACAUUGCAGUGCCAUUUUUAAUGUUGGGUGUAGGAAUGGAUGAUUCUUUUGUUUUGUUAUCAUCUUGGAGGCUUUCGGAUCCUAAGAAAAGUAUUGAAGAUAGGAUGAAGGAAACGUAUUCAGAAGCUGCUCUUUCUGUAACCAUUACUUCAGUAACAAAUUUUCUUGCCAGUUGUAUAGGGUUAACAACACCAUAUAAAAUGAUUCAGAUAUAUUCAUUAUAUACAGGAAUAUCAGUUUUAUUCGUUUAUAUUAUGCAAAUUACAUUUUUUGGAGGUUGCAUUGCAAUAAUUGGUUAUAGAGAACAGAAAGGUCUUCAUGCUUUAUUUUUUGUUCCUGUUAAAUAUGAUAAUAAUAGAGGAUUAUUUAAGAAAGUUUUAAUGGAAGGAAUUGUAUCAAAACAAUACAAAACAGAUAACUCAUCCUUAAACAAGAUAAAUGUUAAUUAUAUAUUUAAAUUAUUAGGAGAUAUACUUACAAAUGUAUAUGCUAAAAUAGUAGUCGUUAUUUGCUUCAUUGCUUAUUUAAUUAUAUCUAUAUAUUACAUUCGUAAUAUACAUAUUGCUUUCUAUUAUACUUCCGCAAUGCCUGAUUAUUCGUAUUGUAAAGAAUAUACUUUAUAUAGUUAUAAAUAUUUUAUGGAAUAUCCUUUCAGUAUACAAGUUGCUUUUAAUCAAAGCAUAAAUUAUUCUAACGAAACUGUGCAAAACGAUAUAGAAAAAAUUUUAAGGAAAAUGGAAAAUCUUCAAAAUAUGUCAAAUUUGACUGAUUCGUGGCUAAGAGCCUAUUUAAAAUUUAUCAACAAUAAAAAUUCUUGGUUUUUCUUAAGAGGACUCAAUGUCAGCCAAUCGGAUGAUUUUAUUACAGGACUUCGUGAUGUUUUCCUGAAAUUUAAAUGGGCUGAAAGAUAUCGAAAUGAUGUUAUUUUCAGCGAAGAUGGAAGAGAAAUAAUUGCAUCUAGAUUCAUAUUACAAAGUAAAGAUUUAACGAAUUUUACAGCAGAAACUCAAUUAAUGCAAAAUCUUCUUCGAGUUACAGAUUCUUCAAAAUAUUCUAUAUUUGUAAACAAUAUACUAUUUUUUCUUUACGAUAUGAAUAGCGAAUUAGAAUAUACGACUAUACAGUGUUUGUGUGUUUCUUCCUUUUUUGUAAUUAUUGUAUUUUUUGCAUUAGUACCUAAUUUAAACUGUUCUAUUUCUAUUGCUCUUACGAUUGUAUCCAUUGAAUUGGGAGUAAUGGGUUAUAUGACACUUUGGAACGUUCCUCUAAAUAUUAUAUCGAUGAUCAGUUUAGUUUUAUCUAUUGGAUUUUGUGUAGAUUAUUCUGCUCACAUAUCUUAUUCGUAUAUUUGUAAAAAAGAUGAAACUCCAAACAAUAAAUUAAAAUAUACAUUAAAAAAUGUAGGUUAUCCUAUAGUACAAGGAUGUACAUCAACUACUAUAGGAAUACUCAUCAUGUCUUUUGCACCGUCGGAUCUUUUUGUAAUUUGUUUUAAAAUUAUAUUUUUAGUUAUGGUAAUAUCUUUAUUUCAUGGAAUUUUAUUGCUUCCUGUUAUUUUAACUAUUUCAGAAGAAUUUAUGCAACGUUUUUGUAAAGUAAAAAAUAAGUUUAUACAAAGAACAGAUUUUAUUAGUUUACCUCAAAAUGAUACUUUGCAUUCAUUUAUGUAAGAAAUACAUGUUUAAAAUUUUACACUGUUUCCUGAAAAAUGUAUAAAU